CAAACCGCAAAACAUCUCCCGCGGUCUUAGUCAUGCUUGCAUCUAUUACUUUCUCCCAAAUAAACGGCGGCGUGGCAUGCCGCCUGUAAUUUAUCAUUUACGAGCGUACCUGAAUGCGCCUUCCGCACUUGCCUUUUCCAUAGUGAUUGGUCGAACUUGUCGGUCCUCUCAAACUAAUCGCCACAAGCAGAUGGACUAAAGAGCGACCGGUUGAAAGGGGCUGGGGGGCGCUUGAACAAUCGAACCCUGCUUGAGACUGUAACCUAAGCCGACGAACUGGAAGGACUCAGCGCGGCGUGGGUGCCUCGGGAUCCUCUGCCUGAGUGUGUGGAGACGAGUGGGCCAAACCCCGGCGACAUGAACCACACCAAGGGCGGCCUGGUCAUCUUCACCGCCAACUCGCACCCGUCCAGCCGCGAGUUGGGCAAGAGGAUCGCCGAGCGAUUAGGGGUGGAGCUCGGCAAGGUGCAGGUGUACCAGGAAGCCAACCGAGAAACGCGCGUCCAGAUCCAGGAGUCCGUGCGAGGGAAGGAUGUCUUUGUGAUUCAGACCGUGUCCAAAGACGUGAACACAACUAUCAUGGAGAUGCUGAUCCUGGUGUACGCGUGCAGGACGUCGUGCGCAAAAAGCAUCACGGGCGUUCUCCCCUACUUCCCUUACAGUAAACAGUGCAAGAUGAGAAAGAGGGGCUCCAUCGUCUCCAAGCUGAUUGCCUCCAUGAUGUGCAAAGCAGGUCUCACGCACCUGAUCACCAUGGACCUCCAUCAGAAGGAGAUUCAAGGCUUUUUCAAUAUCCCAGUAGACAACCUGAGAGCGUCGCCUUUCUUGUUGCAGUACAUCCAAGAAGAGAUCCCCGACUACAGGAAUGCUGUGAUUGUGGCCAAAUCCCCGUCUUCUGCCAAAAGGGCCCAGUCGUUUGCCGAGCGCCUGCGUCUCGGGAUCGCCGUCAUCCACGGCGAAGCUCAGGAUGCCGAGUCGGACCAGGUCGACGGCCGACACUCGCCGCCCACCGUCAAGACCACUGGAGCCAUACACCCCAGCAUGGAAAUACCAUUGUUGAUUCCCAAGGAGAAGCCCCCCAUCACCGUGGUGGGAGACGUCGGCGGCCGCAUCGCCAUCAUAGUAGAUGACAUCAUCGACGACGUCGACAGCUUCGUGGCGGCGGCGGAGACGCUGAAGGAACGGGGGGCCUACAAGAUCUUCAUCAUGGCCACGCACGGCAUCCUCUCCUGCGACGCGCCCCGAUUCAUCGAGGAGUCCGCCAUCGACGAGGUGGUGGUGACCAACACGAUACCUCACGAACUGCAGAAGCUCCAGUGCCCCAAGAUCAAGACGGUGGACAUCAGCAUGAUCUUGUCGGAGGCCAUCCGACGCAUCCACAACGGAGAGUCCAUGUCCUAUCUUUUCCGCAACAUCGGCGUGGAUGACUGAACGAGACGCGUGCGUACACGCACACACACACACACACACACACAGUUACAUGCCUUUUGCCUUGUCAGACCUCAAAGCGUGCACUGGAUGUAGACACGUGCACACGCCCAUACACUGAUGUCCUCCAUGUAUUAUUAUUAUUAUUAUUAUUUUUAAUAUUUACCUUAACUGUAGAAGCAACGUGCACUCCUCGCAUAACUGGAUUUGAACCAUCACCCGAAUGUCCCUCAAUCUUCUUAUCUCAAUUCUCUAAGCAAGUUUAUUUGUCUAAAAAAAAUUUGAAUCCUCCUCAAAUGUUCAGUGUUUAAGCAUUUAGAGCAAUGUUAGCAUGUAGCUUUUUAUUUAUUUAUGUUAAUCCAUUCAAAGACCCGCAAGCCGGCCGGGGUCGUAGCGGGCACUUGGGGUCGGGUUUGGAGCUCAAGUUUCUGGUCCACGAGUGAGUUCUCUUCAGGGUAAUUGUUAGCGAUGAAUGUCCUCAAAGAAAGAUUGUAGCAUACGCUUGUCGGGUGUCUGUGGGCGGGGCACUUGCAACACACGCGCCAGUCAAGUCAUUCAGGACGGAUCUUGUCUUAAAUCAGUUUUUUUUUUUCAAUGAGUGUCGCUCCGCGGCUUGAAAAGCAUCCCGCUGCUAUUCAUUUGACGUCUUUCGGUCACGUCCUGUUGCUUUUUGGGGCCCACGUGCUACAUGCUACUGAUGCGUCCUUCCUGCUCAAUAGAAUGAGAAUUGUGUGUUGUUGCCAUGGUUACAACGGGGGGUCAAAUCUACUUGCUAAAUAUGAACUGGAAUUAAUGAACGCCUUUUUUUGUUGUUGUAGUUUUUGGGGUCAUGUCUUCUGAUGUUACGGAAGUAAUGCGCGAGUUUAUCCGUUUAACGCUUUUGUGCCAUUAUCGACUCGAUAACCAUCUGCAAUGUCAAUGAAGCGGAUGCCAGUUUGUCCUCCUUUCAAGUCAAAUGUUGUUCUUUCACCCCCGAGUAAAUAUUUGUAAACGCCUUGUCGUUGAUAGUCUGGUGAAAGGGUCAUUGAUCCACGAUCAGACACCUCUGGAAGUUUCCAUCAAAGAAAUACAAAGCUAGGAAAAGUGAGACCGUUUUUCUAGCUAACAUAUUGACUGAAGCGGGUCUUGGUCACUUUGCCAGAUGAGGUCCCAAACUGUUUUGUAUUUAUUUUCAGCACUAACUGAAUAAACGUGAAAAUGAAGAACA